UGAGACUUCCUGAAUGUGAUGUUAUCCGUGUCUCUGACCAACAGGACUUCCGUGAGGCCGUGCACAAGGCAUCUCGUCAGAACGGGAAGCCCGUGAUUGAGGAACGUCAUCUCAAUCAGAUCCUGUACUAUCUCCCUCAGCUCUAUGAACUCAACCAGGAUCUGCUUAAAGAGCUGGAGCAGAGAGUUGCCAACUGGGAUGAGAGCACUCAGGGGGCUGAUAUCUUCCUGAAGAAAGGGCCCUAUCUAAAGAUGUACUCCACUUACAUCCGCGAGUUCGACAAGAAUGUGACCCUACUGGUAGAGCAGACUAAGAAGAACUCUGCAUUUAGCGCUGUGGUAAAAGAAUUUGAGGCGAGCCCUCGCUGUGCCAACCUGGCUGUGAAGCAUUACCUGCUGAAGCCAGUUCAGAGAAUCCCUCAGUACCAGCUGCUGCUCACAGACUACCUAAAAAAUCUGUCAGUAGACUCGGAAGACUACAAAGACACAGAAGCUGCCCUUGCUCUUGUGAAAGAGGUGGCCAAUCAUGCCAACGACAUCAUGAAACAUGGGGAUAACUUCCAGAAGCUGGUUCAGGUCCAGUGUCGUCUGAACGGCAACCAUGAGAUCGUCCAGCCGGGACGGAUCUUCAUCAAAGAGGGCGUCCUGAUGAAGCUGUCCAGGAAGGUCAUGCAGCCCCGGAUGUUCUUCCUGCUUAGCGAUGUGUUGCUGUACACCACCCCUGUUCAGCAUGGCCAGUUCAAGCUUAAAAACAUGCUGUCUCUGGCUGGGAUGAAGGUUAGCAAACCCAGUCAAGAGGGCUAUCAGAAUGAGCUGAACAUAGAAAGUGUGGAGCGCUCCUUUAUUCUCUCCGCAAGUUCGGCCGCAGAGCGAGAUGAAUGGCUCAAGACUAUUUCCUCGGCCAUCAGUGAAUACACAAAGAAGAAAAUUAGCUUUAUGUCUUCUAACAAGCCAGAGGAGGAAUAUUUGGGCGAAUGCGUUGAUGGUCCACCUUUGGGAUCCACAGCCCCCAUUUGGAUCCCGGACACACGAACCACCAUGUGCAUGAUCUGCACUUGUGACUUUACCCUGACGUGGAGGAGACACCACUGCCGCGCAUGUGGAAAGGUGGUUUGCCAGGCUUGUUCCUCCAAUAAACACUGUCUUGCAUAUCUAAAGAAGCAGUCAGCACGAGUGUGUGACCAGUGCUUUGACGUUCUUGAGCAUAAAAAUGAAAUUUCCUCAGCAGCAACAUUGCCGCCUGGAAGCAAGGCAACGGUUGCAUUUAACAGAAAACAUAAGAGGAUACCUGCAGCCCUGAAAGAGGUGUCCGCAAACACGGAUAAUUCCUCCAUGAGUGGGUAUCUGCAGAGGUCCAAGCACAAUAAGAAGCAGGGGAAGAGGCUGUGGUUUGUCAUUAAAGACAAAGUCCUGUACACGUACGCCGCUAGUGAGGAUGUGGCAGCCUUAGAGAGUCUGCCCCUGUUGGGCUUCGUGUUAAAAGUGGAUUCCUCUCAGAAGCAGCAGUUUAAGCUCUACCACAAAAACACCCUUCACUACAUUUUCAGGGCAGACGAUGUGCAAACAGCCCAAAGAUGGAUCGACACGUUCAAAGAGGCAGUCGUGUUGUAAAUCUCUGAGUGGAGGAGUUUGUAUUUUACCUCAGUGCUCCGUAGCUUUUACAAAGAAGAAGAAAGUCUUCUGGAAGCACCAUUUUAGUUGAAAUGACCCCCCCACCCCCAUUUUUAUCUUGUUCGAUUGUUUUUACAUUUCUGUAAAUGUUAUUUUUAUAUAUGAGCAAAAUUCUUUGCCUAUAGGAUUUAUGGUAUUUCAUUGAGUACUAAGAGUAUUCAAUAAUGCCAGGCUCUUGUCUCGGACCACUUUGACUUGUUAAUGAUGGCUGCAAAUUUCUGAAAAAUAUUAGACCUAUGUUUUGUUAUAGCUUCAAAGGGUCCAAAAAAUUGUGCAAAGGCUGUUUGUUGUUCCCUGACAUCACACUGUCACUGUGCAAGAGGCUACACAUUUUCAACACCGACUGUAAAAAAGUAACAUUAUUUUACAUAUUUUGCACUUAAGUCACUUAAAACUAUGUACAUAUGAAAUUUUGCAUGUAAACUGAGAAAUAGGAAAUGACUGUAAAGCAAAUAAAAUCAAACGUCUGUGAA